AUGACUUCCGUAGGGCAUGGGCGGGUUUCGACAAAGGCCUCGUCGACUUCGCCGAGCAUUGAGGCGCGUCUGACGCGGUACCUCCAGGUCUGUCUUCGUGCCCGACCUCAUUACGCCCAGCUACAGGCGGACGGAAACGCCGAGUGGAUCGAGUGGAUCGGGUGGAUCGAGUGGAUCGAGUGGAUCGGGUGGAUCGAGUGGACCGACUUGUCGGUAGACGGCAAUACCAAAUGCCUUCAAUCGGUCGAUAAGCUCGAGACCGGUCGCCGGAUGUGGUCACAGACGAAAGUACCAAAGGGAGGACAGGAAUAUGCGAGGAGGAGAGGAGCAGUGAACGAAAGACCAACUGAAUUGAAGAACAAAUUACCGGCGGAACUGGAGUCCGGCCGAACGACUGACCAAAUUGAUAAUCGACCUACAGAAGAACUGAUCAUCCGAAUGGACGACCGACGGACCGAUCUACCGAAUCAACUGCAGACUAAUAAAUCAUCCCCGUGA